AUGGAGAAUGAGUUGAAGGAAUUCCAGAAUACAACAUCAAUGCAGAUCUCUGCUCAACAGAAUGCUCACCUGCAGAAUGAUCUGGAAAAGCUGAAGACUUUUGUGUGGAAGUGGCUUCGUAAAGCUGCAGCUGAUGUGACUCUGGAUCCUGUUACAGCAAACCUCUGGCUCAUCCUGUCUAAGGACAAGAAACAAGUGAGACUUGGAAACACACAGCAGGAUCUCCCUGAUAACCCACAGAGAUUUAGUCCUGUUGUCAGUGUGCUGGGAAAAGAGGGGUUUUCUUCAGGGAGACAUUACUGGGAGGUGCAGGUUGGGGACAAAACUGACUGGGCUUUAGGAGUGGCCAGAGAGUCCGUCAACAGGAAGGGAAAAAAUUCAUUGAGCCCUAAUAAUGGUUACUGGACUAUCUUGCUGAACAAUGGAAAUGAGUAUAAGGCUCUUGCUGAUUCCUCUGUGUCCAUCAACCUGAGUGUGAAGCCCCAGAAGGUGGGGGUGUAUGUGGAUUAUGAGGAGGGUCAGGUCUCCUUUUACAGUGUGGAGACCAGAUCUCAUAUCUACACUUUCACUGGAUAUAAAUUCACCGAGAAACUCUACCCGUACUUCAGCCCUUUUCUCAGUAACAAUGGUACAAACUCAGGACCACUGAUCAUCACUUCUGUCAGUCCAAUAGCAUGA